AUGAAGGCAUUCAAGCUUAAAAACAUAUUCGCGAAGGCCGAGGACCGGCCCACGCCACCGCAGAUUUACAACUGGCGCAUCUACGGCACCGCGCUCGUUGCGUCGACCGCCAGUGUGCUCAUCGGGUACGACACAGGCUUCGUGGGCGGGUGCUUCGCCAACAAGUACUUCCUAGCGAACUUCGGGCUCGUGGAGGGUGAGGCCAGGACCGACGACACCAUCUCGAACCUGAUCUCGUGCUUUCACGCGGCCGCGUUUUUCGGCGCGCUUUUUUCCUAUCCGCUAUCGCACUACUGGGGUCGCAAGAGGGCGCUCAUCAUCGCGGCUGCUGUGGCAACCGUGGGCGCGGCAGUGAUGCUGGGCAGCGUUACAGGCCACCUGGCGCCUAUGUACAUUGGAAGAGUGUUCACAGGUCUCACUGUGGGAGCCUCCACCAACCUGACUGUGGUGUACCUCAGUGAGGUCUCCCCUGCCCCGAUCCGUGGCCAGAUCAUCGCCGCUUUCGAAAUCGGCUGGCGUGUGGGUGACCUAGUGGGCUUUUGGAUCAACUACGGCAUCAACCAGCACAUCGCGCCCGGUAACAAACAAUGGAUCAUCCCCGUGGGUGUACAAGUCAUACCCGCGGCUCUAUUUUUCAUUGGCUCCCUUAUUAUGUGCGAGUCUCCUCGUUGGCUCUUCCAAAUGCACCGCGACCAGGAGGCCAUCAAGAAUUUGUGCUUCUUGCGCAACUUGCCAGACGACGACGGUUACAUGAUCUGGGAGAUUAAUUCUAUCCGUGAAUCGAUAGCGACACAAAACGAAGAAAUUGGACCCGGCUUGCUUGAUCCUGCCAGAGAGGUGUUCAUCAGAAAUAGGAAAUACGCCAAGAGGCUUGUGAUUAGUAGCAUUUUGCUUGUUAUUCCUAAUUUUAUGGGUAUUCAGUCCAUCAACUACUACUCCCCAAAGAUAUUCAGUAGUAUCGGUGUGAAAGGAACAAAUGCUACACUGUUUUCAUCCGGCAUGUUUGGUGUAGUGAAGUUCAUUUGCACAUUUAUCUACAUUUUAUUCAUCGUUGACAACCUCGGUAGGCGAAAGGCAUUCCUGGCUUCCGCCUCUAUGUGCUCUUUAUGCUUUUGGUACCUCGGCGCCUAUUUGAAGGUGAACGAUCCUACUAAGCCCGGCGCGACGCCCAAACCAGGAGGCAAGGCAGCGAUAGGCUUUAUGUUCAUCUGGACGGCGUCAUUUAUUCUCGCGUUCUCGGGCGGUCCUUUCGUGUGGAGUUCCGAGGUUUUCGAACAGAACAUCAGAACGUUUGUGCAGGCCAUAAACGCCGCCAUGUCCUGGGUUCCUAUCUUCAUCAUGACAAGAUUGACAACAACUAUGAUCGACCACAUGAAAUAUGGAAUUUUCUUUUUCUUUGCGGCCAUAGCCGCUCUAGCGAUACCCUUCGUCUUCUUCUUUGUUCCUGAAACAAAAGGUAUUGCCCUCGAGGACAUGGACCAGCUCUUUGCCAGAGGUCUCCCAGCAUACAAGGCGCACAAGGUGGUUACAUCGAAGUCCGAGGACACUGUUUUGGAGAUACAAAACUCGGCUUCUCAAUUUUUCUCGGACCAGGGCUCCAAGAAGGGUACUCAGAAGCUCGUCGAAGACGCCGACGUCGGGGAAUCGGCUUCAAAGGUAUAA